AUGCCAAACCGCAGGGCCAGCCGUAAUGCCUACUAUUUCUUUGUGCAGGAGAAGAUCCCCGAGUUACGGAGGCGAGGCCUGCCUGUGGCUCGCGUCGCUGAUGCCAUCCCCUACUGCUCUGCUGACUGGGCGCUUUUGAGGGAAGAAGAAAAGGAGAAAUAUGCAGAAAUGGCUCGAGAGUGGAGAGCAGCCCAGGGAAGGGACGCUGGGCCUUCCGAGAAGCAGAAACCUGUUUCCACUCCACUGAGGUGGCCAGGCAUGCUUGUACCAAGGCAGAAUGUUUCACCCCCCGAUAUUUCAAGUUUGUCUCUAAAAAGUGAUCAAGCUCUGCUUGGAGGCAUUUUCUAUUUUUUGAACAUUUUUAGCCAUGGCGAGCUACCUCCGCACUGUGCACAGCGCUUCCUCCCUUGUGAAAUAGGCUGUGUGAAAUACUCUCUCCAGGAAGGUAUUAUGGCUGAUUUCCAUAGGUUUAUAAAUCCUGGUGAAAUUCCACGAGGAUUUCGGUUUCAUUGUCAAGCUGCAAGUGAUUCUAGUCACAAGAUUCCUAUUUCAAACUUCGAAUCUGGGCAUGACCAAGCAGCUGUGUUACAAAACCUUUAUAGGUUUAUUCACCCAAACCCAGGAAACUGGCCACCUAUCUACUGCAAGUCUGAUGACAGAGCCAGAGUCAACUGGUGUUUGAAGCAUAUGGCAAAGACAUCAAAAAUCAGGCAAGAUCUAGAACUGCUCACUGUAGAAGAUCUUGUUGUGGGGAUCUACCAACAAAAAUUUCUUAAGGAGCCCUCUAAAACCUGGGUUCGGAGCCUCCUAGAUGUGGCCAUGUGGGAUUAUUCUAGCAACACAAGGUGCAAGUGGCAUGAAGAAAAUGAUAUUCUCUUCUGUGCUUUAGCUGUUUGCAAGAAAAUUGCGUACUGCAUCAGUAAUUCUCUAGCCACUCUCUUUGGAAUCCAGCUUACAGAGACUCAUGUACCGCUUCAGGAUUAUGAGGCCAGCAACAGUGUGACACCCAAAAUGGUUGUAUUGGAUGCCGGGCGUUACCAGAAGCUAAGGGUUGAGAGUCCAGGAUUUUCUCAUUUCAGCCCUUCUAAUCAGGAACAAAGACCAAACACACCCACUGGUGACUAUCCAUCUGGGGUGAGAAUUUCCGGCCAAAACAGCAGUGUUCGGGGGCGCGGGAUUACCCGCUUGCUAGAGAGCAUCUCCAAUUCCUCCAGCAACAUCCACAGAUUCUCCAGCUGUGAGACUGCACUCUCGCCUUACAUGUCCCAAAAAGAUGGAUACAAAUCUUUUUCUUCCUUUUCUUAAUGAUGGUACUUUUUCAAUUUCUGGAAAAAUAACAGGCCCAACUUCCCUUCUGACUACAGUCAUAUUAAACAGAUCACAUCAAUGAUAGUGUCACACUGUAAAAACUACUUAAUU